AUUUAUUAGGUUAUAGGAUGUAAAAGAUAGAACCAAGAGGAAGAGAGAGUCUUACAGGAUAGUCUUACAAGAUCCACUGAGCAGAACAGUAUGGGCCAUGACGUGUAGUUUUGGGAGAUGAGCCAAUCUACUAAACUUGGUCUGAUCAAAGAAAGUAUCAAGAAGUCGACCCUGCUAGCAUCCCACAACCUCCAGAACUAUGCCCUCACAAAACGGAACAACUUCCUCUCCAAACCUAUCAUCUUCACUCUGAACAACCAGUUUCAGCACCUGGUGUCACCUGAGAAUAUAGAGCAUGUUAAGAUGAAAUGUGAUGAAGCGUACCAUAAGGUGGCUGGAACAGAGGUUACGGAGGUUCAGGAUAGGGCCCGUGAAUUAGAAAGUAAACUGAACAUGAAGCGUAAGAACAUGUUAGAAGCACGUGAACAGAUGGACAAUGUGAAUGAGCGUCUGAGAGGUAUUGCAGUGGAGCUGGAGAAUGCUAGACGUGGAGAUCCCAAACAUCUUCAUCUGAGGCAGCUCGAGUACGAUACCAUUCAGGAGGAGAUGAAACUGAGUAAACUGGUACAAAAAACAGAAUUUUCAGAACGUGAGACGUUUACCUGGUUAAUGAACGCUGUGAGGGAGAGCCAUGAGACUGAGCGGAACUAUAAUCAGAGGAUUAAAAUGCUAUCACUCAUCGGUGCAAUAAUAGGUCCCUUCAUUGGAUACAUGUUCAGUGCGCGGCUCAAUGCUAAUCGCUUCAGAAGAAUGGAGGAUAUUAUCAACAGGAAGCUUGAGCUCCUCAGUUUCACAACCCUCAAUGCCAUCAGGGAGAUUCAUGAUUUAGAGCCAGAGGUAAUGUCUGACUCAGAGAAGGAGGGCCUUGUCUCGAGGAUAUUUGGCAUCUUUAAUAUGAUGCAAUCGUUAUUGAUAGAGUCUUACAACGUUGCUGUUAGUUCUUCGUCCGACUUAUUACAAAACCUCAAAGAAAAUACUGAGAAUAAUGUGGCAAUAGCUGAGGUUGUGGCUGAAAAAUCUAAAAAGGUUCAAGAGAAAAAGGCAGUGGUAGAGACCAAACCCCAAACCAAGGAAACUGGCUCACAAGUUACAACAAGCAUGCCUGUUGAGAGAAUUGUGGUUGAGAAGAUAAUCGAGAGGCUAAUACCACAGGAAAUAGACUAUGCUAAUCUACCUGAGUUUAAAUCUUUGAUGGGAUCUCUGAAGACAAUCGAAGAGAAACAAGACAACUUGAAGCAGCUUCUGAUCACAUCUCAAGAACUUCACGAGUCCGGUAAAAUAGAGGUUUCUGUGAACUCGUCCGAUGACGAGAUCAUCUCCAUGCUUCAAGCUGACCAACAGAUGGUCAGGAAGCUUCUGCUCUCAGUUUCAGACCUGCUUCAAGACUCCCGGACAAGUUUGGGGAGCACUUUGAAUUCUGUUGUAUCAAAUAUUGAGAGCUUAUCUAUGAAGAUAUCGAACAAUUCAGAACUUUACGUUGGGAACUUGGAGCAUUCCAAGAUAGUCAAUGACAUUGUCAAAUCUCUUGAAGACGUGAAAUCUAGUAUGGACACCAUUGAAACGUAUAACAUGAACGGUUUGAACAAACAGUCUUCAGAAAUGACGAAUAUCCACGGUGAUUUGAGCAAACAGAUAGAUGGUGUUAGGCAGGAUCUUGAUAUGCAGUCGAGUAAUUUAGAUCAAAUCAAUGAUUCUUUAGUUAAUGGGUUUAACUCGCAGGAUAGCUAUGUUUCAGAUAUUGGUAAUCUUCUAAAUGCAAUAAGUGGGGUAGUUUGUGAAAUUGAAGCUGAUAAUUCGGUUGAUUCUGUAAUCGACAAGGUAGAUCAAGUGACUGCUGCAUUAGCUGAAAUGAGGAGUUUAUUGGUCACAUCAACUGAUGCUAGCUGUGAAAAACUAGACGGCGUUGAAACGAUUAUAUCAAAUAGCCUUGACAAAACUCUACAAAAAUUCGAGGAAAGUAUUCUUAGCCAAUAUCAGAGCCGUUGUGAUGCUUUAAUGGAAAAAAUAGACGAAAUAACCAUACAACCUUCGACAAUUACCUAUAAUACCAUUGAAUCUGCUGUAGAAACAGAGGCUCAAAGUGUGGAGGAUGUCGAAAAGGUUAUAUCAGAUAAUCUGGACAAGACUCUUCAGAAGUUUGAAGAAAAUAUCAUCAGCGAAUACCAGAACCGUCACGAAGUUUUACUAGAGAAGAUAGACGAAAUAUCAAAAGUACCUCCCACAGUUAUUUACUCAACAAUCUCAACGUCAGAACCGGAACCUCAAGAUGUUGAGAUUGCGUCUGGGUUCGUAGGUUUUCCCGAAGAGAUUCUUGAUGAUUCCAACUUUCCACCAUCGCUUACAGAGGGAGAGAAUGAAACUAUUUCAACUGGAGUUGAGGACCAAUCUAGUGCUUCCACUGAUGCAGUUGUUGGGGAUUCUGUAAUAGACAUGGUGAAGACUUUUAGUUCUAGCUCUCAGUUGGAAGAAACUGUAGAACCCCUUGAUGGCGCUGAUGAAUCUGCAGUUGAAUCUGAAAGUAAGGAAGAAAGUUCACAUUCCUAUACAGAUUCAGCAAUUGCAUCUGCCAAGUACAAGCGACGUUGAUACUUCCAUAAAGUUACCAGAAACGAUAGAACCUACCCAACCACCGGAAGAUGAUUUUUCUGACCCGGAUAUCAACGUUCCUAUUAAAGAUACCAUUGAAGAAAUUAUGUCAGAUUUAAAAGUAACAUCAUCUGACCCUGCUUUUGAUAAGUUUGACUCUUCUAAUGAACUUGUUGGUUACCCUGGGGCCCUGGUGACCGAAAAGAAAUCAACUGUUUAUCUUUACAGUGUUUUUGUCGCAGUUUCCACUGUUAUUUUGUACUUUUUAAAAUGAUUUUAAUAUGAUCGCGAGUUUUUGACAUUGUAUAAUAAAAUAUUAUAUAUAAUAUGAAUGAUGAACGUAUUUUCUAAUUAUUUUUCAUGGGCCUAGCUAUUAAAUACUUAAAUAAGGGGGCUAUUCGUAAAUAAAGAUAACUGCAACUUUAAUAUUUAUAAUUAAUAUUAAUCAAGUUUAUAAUUAACGUUCAUCUGUUGACUGUUAUGUUGUUCAUUUCUAAAUCAAUGAUAGGUUUAUAAUGACGGCUCACUAAUUUUAGUCAUUGCAAA